GGCGGGGGAUGCCCGUGCGCCCGCCUGCGAUUAUUGCCCAUUAGUGAAUGCAAAUGAAAGAAUUGACGGGUGGGAAUUUAAUUGCAGGAGGAGGCGAGAGGGAAUUAAUGGCAAUGAAGGAACCGAGGUUAAUUAAUGGGCAGAGGGAGCUGGUGCCAAGGCAGGCAAGGGAGAGGAGAACAAACGCCAGGUCUGACCUGCGCCCGGGAUCCCUGCACGAACGGGGGCACCUGCCUGGCACACCCCGAUGGGAGCCGCUCCUGCCUCUGCCCCCCCAGCUUUGUGGGGGAGUCGUGCCAGUUCCAGGACCCGUGCCGCCCCGGGCGCUGCCGGAAUGGGGGCACCUGCUUCCCCCGGCUCUUCCACCCCUCGGUGCCCCCCACCUACACCUGCUCCUGCCCCCCAGGGUUCACCGGGGACGAGUGCCAGGGGGCCGUGGGUGACCCCUGCUUCCCCUCGCCCUGCCAGAAACGCGGCACCUGCCAGCGCCUGUCCAGCGCCCAGUACCGCUGCCUGUGCAUGGAAGGAUGGACAGGGAAGAACUGCCAGCUGAUGGAUUUCUGCCCCACCAACCCCUGCGCCAACGGGGGCACCUGCCUGCUCACCUACCCGCACAUCGUGUGCCAGUGCCUGCCCGGCUUCGACGGCCACACCUGCCAGCACGACGUCAACGAGUGCUACCGGGACCCCGGGCCCUGCACCAACGGGGGCACUUGUCUCAACAGCCUGGGCUCCUUCCGCUGCCUCUGCCCCCCCGGCUUCUCUGGCCCCCAGUGCCAGCACCGCGCCGGGCCCUGCUCCGCCGGGCUGUGUCUGCACGGCGGGACCUGCCGCCCCCUGCCCGGCGGCUUCCACGGCUGCCUGUGCCCGCCAGGGUACACGGGGCAGCUGUGUGAGGUGAACCCCGACGACUGCGUGGAGCACCACUGCCGGAACGGGGGGGCUUGCCAGGACGGGGUGGGGACAUACUCCUGCCUCUGCCCCCCCGGCUGGACGGGCUGGGACUGUGCGGGGGACGAGGACGAGUGCCUGGCGCCGGGCCCCCCCCCCUGCCACCACGGCGGCACCUGCCACAACCUGCCCGGGGGCUUCCGCUGCGUCUGCGUCAACGGCUGGUCGGGCACCAGCUGCAGCCACAACGUGGACGACUGCGUCUCGGCCACCUGCUUCCCCGGCGCCACCUGCCUGGACCGUGUGGGCACCUUCCUCUGCCAGUGCCCCCCGGGGCGCACAGGGCUCCUGUGCCACCUGAGCGACGUCUGCCUGAGCAGCCCCUGCCACGCGGAGGCCUCGUGCGACACCAACCCCCUGACGGGCUCGGCUGUGUGCGUGUGCCAGCCGGGCUCCACCGGGCCCACCUGCCACCAGGACCUGGACGAGUGCCAGCUGGGCGCGGAGCCGUGCGAGCACGGCGGGCGCUGUGAGAACACCGUGGGCUCCUUCCGGUGCCGCUGCCCGGCCGGCUACACGGGGUCCCGCUGCGAGGCCGACGUGAACGAGUGUCUGAGCCAGCCCUGCCUGCGGGGGGCGCCCUGCCUGGACCUGCUUGGCCACUUCCAGUGCCUCUGCCCCCCAGGCUCCCUGGGGCCCACAUGCGAGCGAGAGGCCGACCCCUGCGCCAGUCACCCCUGCGGGAACGGGGGGCGCUGCCAGGCCGGGACGGGGGCCUUCCGCUGCCACUGCCCCCCUGGGUUCGAGGGGCCGCGCUGCCUGGAAGAGGUGGGGGCCUGCGCCAGUGACCCCUGCCGGGGGGGCACCUGCCUGGAGAUCGCGGGUGGCUUCUCCUGCCUCUGCCCCCCGGGCUUCACGGGCCCCGACUGCGCCCCCUGGAGCGACGCCUGCAGCCAGUGGCCCUGCGCCCAGGGCACCUGCCAGAGCCACCCGCAGGGGGCUCUGUGCGUCUGCGCCCCCGGCUGGACGGGCCGGGACUGCUCGGCCGAGAUCGACCACUGCGAUUCGGGGCCCUGCCCCCAGGGGGCGACCUGCCAGCCCCAGCCCCACGGCUACAGCUGCACCUGCCCCCAGGGGUUCACAGGUGUGAGGUGCGAGGAGGAGCUGGACGGGUGCCGGGGGGGGCCGUGUCGGAACGGGGGCACCUGCCAGAACAGCCCUGUGGGGUACCUCUGCCUCUGCCCCCCAGGGUUCAGCGGGGAGCGUUGUGAGAGCGACCUGGACCAGUGCGCCCCCAAUCCCUGCGGGAACGGUGGGUCCUGCCUGGACGGGGCCGGAUCCUUCAGCUGCCUCUGCCCCCCGGCAUUCAGUGGGGAGCGCUGCCAGACGCCGCUGCCCCCCCGCUGCCCCCCAUGCCAGAACGGGGGGCGCUGCCAGCUGGGCGGCCCCUCCCCACCCCGCUGCCGCUGCCCCCCAGCCUGGGGGGGGCCCCUAUGCCAGGAGCCGCAGAGCCCCUGCCAGGCGGCCGCCCAGAGACGAGGGGUGCGGCUGGAGGAGCUGUGCGGGAACGGGGGGGCACUGCGUGGACGGGGCGGGGACCCCGCGCUGCUCCUGCCUGCCGGCUGGGGGGGCCCAUCCUGCCGCCAGGAGGCCAAUCGGUGCCAACCGGACCCAUGCGAACACGGGGCCACCUGCCUGGCCCGGCCUGGGGGCUACGUCUGCCAGUGCCCGCCCGGGCAGCACGGGGUGAACUGCUCAGAGCCGGGGCCUGGGGGGCCCUGCCAACCCCUGCCCUGCCAGAACGGGGGCACCUGCUCCCAGCGCCCCACCGGCCCCUACUGCGCCUGCCCCCCCAGCACGCACGGAUCCCGGUGUGAGUCAGUGAUUGACAGCUGCCAAUCAAACCCAUGUGCCAAUGGGGGGGACCUGCGCUGUGACGGCCAGCACCCCCUCCGGCUUCACCUGCCGCUGCCCUUCGGGUUACAGCGGUGCCACCUGCGACGUCCAGCUGCCCCCCUGUGGAUCCCACUACUGCCACCACAAAGGGGUGUGUGUCCAGCCCCCGGCCGGUCCCCGCUGCCUCUGCCCGGGAGGCUACGGGGGCCCCGAUUGCCUCCACCCGCCCCCCGGCGCCCUGCCCCCCUGGCGGCUCGGCCUGCCCCCAGCCUGGGGCGGGGGGGGCCCUGCAGGGAGCUGGCGGGGGAUGGCAUCUGCCACCCGGCCUGCAGCUCCCCCUCCAGCGCCUGGGACGGGGGUGACUGCUCGCUGGGGGUGCUGGAGCCCUGGGCGGGGUGCCCGGAGCUGUGCCAGCCGGGCUUCCGCGACGGGCGCUGCCAGCCCCAGUGCGACAGCGAGGCCUGUCUGUACGACGGGUACGACUGCCGCCCGGCCACCUGCAGCCUGGCCUACGCCCACUACUGCCACGACCACUUUGCCAACGGACACUGCGACCGGGGCUGCCUGACCCCCGAGUGCGGCUGGGACGGGGGGGACUGCGCCCUGGGGGGGGCCGGGCCGGCGGGGGAGGGGGCCACCCUGGGGCUGGCGGCCGCCCUGCCCCCCCCGGCCCUGCCCGGCCUUCUCCACGCCCUGGCGCUGGCCCUGCGUGUGGGGCUGAGCCCCCGGCGCGACCCCCAGGGCCGGCCCAGGCUGUACCCCUACACAGGGCGCGAGGGGCCAGGCGGGGGGAACCGCACCGGCCGGAGGCCCCCCCGCCCUGCCCCACACCCUGCGCCCACCGCAGCCGGCCAGGAGGGGGAGACGGAUGCCAUCGGACCUUCCAAAUCCCCCAUUGCCCCACCCCCAAUCUCCACAGCCCCUGAAUCCCCAGCCAACUGCGGGGACCUGCCAUGGGGGAGAGGGACACCAUCGGGUGAGACCCCCCCAAUCCCUCCCACUCCCGAUUCCCCAAUCAACACCCUGUCCCAACACGGACCCCACCCCCAUAGGGAGAGACCCUGCUCCCCAAAACCUCCCUUUCCAGCAGCCCCUGACCCCGCGCCGCCCCCCAGGUCCGUCGUGUUCCUGGUGGUGGACGGGUCCCGCUGCGCCGGGCGCUGCCUGACAACCCCCGAGGGCGCCCGGCGCUUCCUGGGGGCGCUGGCCGCCUCCAACGCUCUGGGGGCGCUGACCCCCCACCCCCUGGCGGCCGUGUGGGUCGAAGAGGCCAGCAGCGAACCCCAGGCCUCUGCCCCACGGCUGCCCUGGCCCCUGCUCGGCAGCCUGCUCGCGGGGGGGCUGGUGCUGGCCCUGGGGGCCGUGGUCGGGCUCCGGCUGCGCCGCCGGGGGACGAGGAAACAGGGGGUGCUCUGGCUACCCGCGGGGUUCGCCCGCCCCCGGGACCCCAACGCCCGGCGCCGCCGGGACCCCGUCGGAGAGGAUGCCAUCGGGCUGAAGCCUCUGAAGCUGGACCCCGAGUUGGAGGACGACGGGCAGCCGACCUCUCAGGAAAUCGAGGCUGACGCCCCCCCCUCGGACCAGGACUGCCGGCAAUGGACACCCAAGCACCUGCGUGCCGGGGCUCCCAUCCCACAAUGCAUCAUGCUGACCCCGCCCCAGGACGAGGACCCCGAGGGGCGGGACCUCGACACCAGGGGGCCAGAUGGGGUGACGCCGCUGAUGGCAGCGGUGUGCGCGGGGGGCACCGUGGGGGAGCUGCUGGCGCAGGGGGCGCAGCUGGACGCCCAGACGGAUGCGACGGGGGAGACGGCCCUGCACCUGGCCGCCCGCUUCGCCCGGGCCAGCGCCGUCCGCAGCCUCCUGGAUGCCGGUGCCAACCCCAACACACGGGACCGGGCGGGGCGCAGCCCCCUGCACAGUGCCAUUGGGGCCGAUGCCCUGGGGGCCUGCCAGAUCCUGAUUCGCUGCCGGCAGACGGACCUGGACGCCCGGAUGAGCGACGGUGCCACCCCCCUGAUCCUGGCCACGCGCCUGGCGGUGGAGAGUGGGACGGAGGAGCUGCUGCGGGGCGGGGCGGCUGUCAAUGCCGCCGACAAGUGGGGGAAGACGGCCCUGCACUGGGCUGCAGCUGUGAAUAACGCCCAGGCCGCCCUCGCCCUGCUCCGGAGCGGCGCCAGCAAGGACGCCCAGGACAACCGGGCGCAGACCCCGCUGUUCCUGGCGGCCCGGGAGGGCAGCGCGGACGUGGUGCGGAUCCUGCUCCGGCACCGGGCGAGCCGGCAGCUCCCGGACGAGCUGGGUCACCUGCCCCGCGACGCCGCCCUCUCCCGCGCCCACCACGACCUGCUCCGCCUGCUGGACGACCCCCGCCUGGGCCCCCCGCCCCGCCGCCCCCCCAGGCGCCACCCCCUCUUGGAGCAGCCGGAGCCGCCCGCCCCCUGCCUCGCGCCCCACCGGCCCUGGGCUCCCGGCCAAUCGGACGCCGCCCUGGUGCAGUGACUCCGCCUCCCCGGUGCAGUGACUCCGCCCCCGGGGCGCUGCUGGGGAGGGGGCUCGGAUUGGACAGCAGAGGGGUGUGGCCAUGCCGGGCUGUGACAUCACCAGGCGGGCAGAGCGAGCGCCGGAGGAUGAUGUCAGAGACAGGAAGUGAGGUCACACCGUGGCGUGGUGACAUGCCCACGGGAUGCUGAUGUCGCAGCCUGGAAAUGAUGUCACACGGAAGGCGGUGAUGUCAUAACGUGCAACCCAGUGGACAGGAAAUGAUGUCACCCAGGACACUGACAGCCUCAGGUGCUCUGACAUCAUUGACAAGACGUGACAGCGCCCAAUGGGAAAGCACGACAGGCAGGAAGUGAUGUCACACUCCCAGGAACUGAUGAUGUCACACGGGGAGCCUUGUGAUGAUGUCAUGGAGCAGGAAGAGGCGGGGCUUUGCAACCCUGCCUGUCACAGAGGGACAGGUGGUGGGUGGAUGACCCCCCCCCGGCACCAACCCCUGCCCCCGCCCUCUCCCACAUAUUUAUACCCCCAUUUACACACACACCCCCAUGCAGCUGGAGAAUAAAGUGAGUUGAUGCCUCUGUCUCUGGCUGGGAUAAAAUGUCUGGGGGGGGCAGAGGGGGAAACGGAGGCGCAGGGAGACGCUGCCCAGUCCAGACCCCGGAGUGAACCCAGGAGUCCUGGCUCCUGCCCCCCCAAUCAGAAGCCGUCACCCCCCUUUGCCCCAGCAGUUUUUUUACUUUUUCACAAACAUCAGGAAUUAGCUUAGAAAACUCUGAGUCUCUGGCUCCAUUCCCCCCCCCGGGCGGCUCUGGGGGGGGGGGGGGCAGGAGCCCCCGUCUUUGCCCACCCGGGGGCAUCAGGAGGCGUGGCUGGUCUCAGGCGUGGGGGGGUUCCCCGUUCCUGCAGCGAGUCCGGCCUGGUCUCAGCCCCUGGUCGUUGGUGUGUGGGGGGGGGACGUGGGUGGGUCCCCCAUCUGUGCACUGAGGCCCCUGUUCUCAGCUGAGCUCUCCAGGGUCCCCCCAAUUCCUGCAGCAAGUUGGGGCCAGUCUCAGCCAGUAGCGUUAGUCGGGGCUUCCUGGGGGGUUCCCCAUUUCCGUCAUGAUCUGUGUCCAUUCCCAGCCCCCAGGUGUUAGUAGGGGGGGCGGGGGACCCCCAUUUCUACAGCGAGUUGUGUCCAUUCUCAGC